ACAGAAUGAGGGUAGUGCGGUUUGCCGGUGAGAUCUGUUGUUUAAGUUUAGUGCUGCAAUGUAAUGUCUUGCUAUUGCUAUAUCUUUUCUUUCUCAUAGAUAGAUUUAGAUCUAUAAACUCCCUUCGUUGCUGAACGCGGUUAAGGUUAUGAUUUAUGAAUGCGAUCUAAUUAAGGCACAAUGACAAGGAGACAAGCAAGUUCCACGAGACGUGGCGGUCUUUCAAGAAUCUUGCAUUCCAAAUCCAAAUCUUCUCCUCUACUCUCCAUAUCCCUUGUCCUCUUUGGAGCCAUCCUUCUCAUCCUUUAUGCUUGUAGCGGGUCAGGUGUUUUGGGAGGAAGAAAGGAUGUGGUUAGCAGGGUUGAAGGUGACUUUUCAUGCACUUUUGAAGUUUCAAGUGCAAUUCCUGUUUUGAAGAAUGCAUAUGGUGGCAGCAUGAAAAAUGUUUUACACGUAGGCCCUGAGAGUUGUUCAGUGGUCGCCAAAUUUUUAAGAGAAGGGGAAACUGAAGCAUGGGGUGUGGAGCCAUAUGACAUAGAGGAUGCUGAUAGGAACUGCAAGGCUCUAGUGCAGAAAGGCAUUGUACGUGUUGCAGAUAUAAAAUUCCCUUUACCAUACAGGGCAAAGUCUUUUUCUCAUGUUAUAGUGUCAGAUGCUUUGGAUUACCUGUCUCCAAAAUAUUUGAACAAAUCUCUUCCCGAGCUAGCAAGGGUAUCUGCUGAUGGUAUUAUUAUUUUUGCAGGCUACCCAGGUCAACGGAGAGCUAAAAUAGCACAAUUAUCCAAAUUUGGCCGCCCGGCUAAAAUGCGGAGUUCAACUUGGUGGCAACAAUUAUUCACUGAAACAAGCUUAGAAGAAAAUGAAGCUGCCGUCAAGAAGUUUGAGCAAGCUGCGUCGAAGAUGUCCUACAAGCCAGCUUGCCAAAUUUUCCACCUCAAUUCAUACCAUUGAUAAUUUGAUUGUUCACCAUAUCCAGAAUUUUAUAUUUUUUGUAUUCCUAUAAACAUGUGAGUAUCACUCAGGCAAUUCUGUUUUACCAGACAUGGACAAGCAUUAAGAUAUGUCUGUUUGCUAAAACAAUACACAAAAUCCAGUAAACAUACACAAAACUAGAAGUAAUUUAGCU